CCACACGCUAGAACAUGCCUGCAUGCAUGCCACCAUAUCUGCAGCCUGGCCUGGCUGUGGUGGGUGGUGGGUGGUGUGGAAAGAUUUAAAGACUCACAUGAAGUGAGCAAAAUUUCAAGUAUCUGCACAAAAUGCCAUCCACAGCCCACCUUCGUCCAGCUCGAGCAGCUCUCCAACAGCUCUCAAAAACCGCCUCCAAACGCAAUUACUCGCUCGCCCCAUCACCAGCAACACCACUCACUUCCCCCUUCGCUCCCCGUCAUCUCCUCUCCAUCGCAGACCUCACACCUACCGAACUCACCACCCUCGUCCGCAAUGCCUCGACCUCCAAAACUGCCAUCAAAUCCGGGUCAACACCCUCCCAUCUCCAAGGCGCCCUCUCCGGCAAGACCGUCGCAAUGAUGUUCAACAAACGUUCAACACGCACACGAGUUUCGACCGAAGCAGCAGUGACAACAAUGGGCGGGCACCCCAUGUUCCUAGGGAAAGACGAUAUUCAGCUCGGCGUAAACGAAUCCCUUUACGAUACCUCACUCGUCAUCUCCAGCAUGACAUCCUGUAUGGUCGCUCGCGUAGGCCCUCACUCCGAUGUCGCAGAUCUAGCAAAACACUCCUCUGUACCUGUCAUCAAUGCCCUGUCAGAAGACUACCACCCUCUCCAAACUAUCGCCGAUUUCCUCACUAUCCACGAAGCGUUUCCUUCUUCUUCCAGUGCGAGAGGAGCGUCGAGUCUUGGUUUGGAAGGGCUGAAGAUCGCGUGGGUAGGAGACGCAAAUAACGUGCUCUUCGACCUCGCAAUCGGGGCCCUGAAACUCGGCGUGAACAUUUCCGUCGCCGCGCCAGAAGGCUACACAAUCCCCUCGCGCAUGCGGGAUAUCAUACUCUCUUCUACCCAAGGCGUCUCUUCGCCAGGUAAGUUGUCCGAGACCAACGUGCCAGAAGAAGCUAUCAAAGAUGCGGAUAUUCUUGUGACGGAUACAUGGGUGUCCAUGGGACAGGAAGAGGAAUCGGCGAAGAGACUGAAGGCUUUUGAGGGAUAUCAGAUUACGAAUGAGUUGGCAAAGAGGGGUGGUGCGAAGGAGGGCUGGAAGUUCAUGCAUUGUUUGCCGAGGCAUCCUGAGGAGGUGGCUGAUGAGGUAUUCUAUAGUCCUAGGAGUUUGGUUUUCCCAGAGGCGGAGAAUAGGCUCUGGGCUGCUAUCUCUGCUCUGGAAGGCUUUGUUGUCAAUAAGGGAAAGAUUGUGUAAAUCGGUACCUUGCACAAUCCCGUGCUUGGGAAUGGCAGCCUAGCUCUGAUCAUCAGUCCCGUCUGUAUUCAGAUGAUCGAGACUGACGUUGAGACGACGGUAUUUGAAGAACUUUGCGCCUAAGACCGGCCACCUGGACCCUAUGUUCGAUUAAAAUACUAAUAUAAAAGUCCGGCGUUCAAAACCAUGAAGAAUGAAAUAGAGCGUUACUUUGUUGC